ACAAACGCUGAAAGUUGAUUACAACGACGUAGAAUCUGUCUCAUUCAGUCAGUCUUUUAUUAUCUCGAUCUCUCCCUUUUGAAUUAUGUCUGUGAACAUUGUUUUCUCCAAUCCUUCCAAAACAUACCUGCCUGGCGACUAUGUCUCUGGAAAAGUGUUGCUCACAACAAAAGAUCCAAUUUCUGCACGAUAUAUGGAAAUCACGUGGAAAGGAGAAUCAAAGUGUAAUUUUGGAGGAUCGGAGAGCUCAAAUGUCCAACGCCAUCUUGCCGGAACAUUUAUGGGAUGGAUUGCCAAAGAUGGAGUUGACACAAUCCCCGCUGGAACUCUCAAAUCACGUUUCCGAUUCCGACUUCCAGAAAAUUCUCCGCCAAGUUUUUGCGGAAUGUUUGGAGAAAUUGAGUAUUCUGUUACUGUGGAAUUUGAUCGUCCGUGGAGACUCAAGUUAAAAAUGAUGAAUACAUUCCGUGUGGUUCAGAAGACAAAUCUGACACUUUCUGAGCCAAAAAUGAUGAAGUACGCGGAAUUUGUCAAGUCGAAGAAUUCUGGAACGAUUUUCAAAGAUGGAUUGUUUUUGUUGAAGCUUCACUUUUCCAAACGAGCAUUCCUCGCAGGGGAGACAAUCCGAGCACUUGCCAUCAUGGAGAAUCAUUCAACAAAACCAAUCAUUAAUCUUCGUUUCGAGCUCAUUCAACAAUCCCAUUACCACUCUCGCCCACAGAAAUCAUUGUGUUCUCUUAACGAUUGUCACUCCGACUGCCCAAUUGAAUCCAAAUAUCGAAGAGAUGGUGAAACAGUGCUCCGCGGAGCCAAUUACAGUUGUGACGUCGCACCUGGUGAGGUGAAAUAUAUCAAUGUGGAGAUUGAUCUGCCAAAUGGACUCCCGCCAACUUUCGAAUCUCCAAUGAUCUCAAUGGGAUACCUGUUGGGAUUUACCCUAAGAAAUGGAUCACUGACCGGGAAUCGAUUAGCAUGUAAUGCACGGAUUGUGGUUGGAAGUGAGGAGACAAUCGAUGAAAUGGUAGAUGAAUGUGAGCCGACAAAGAAGAGCCAAUGCCUUACUGCAUCACCACCACCAUAUCACCCAUAAAUUAAUCAAUGAUCAUAUUCAUUUGAAUGUUUUAAAAUAAAGUUUUUU